GCCUGCGUACUUCUUCCACACGCCCAUCCCGUCAACGACUUUCUUUCUGUUCUUUCUCACUUGUCGACCAUCUCCGAUUCCAUUCUGAAGAGCGCCUUGAUCAUGUCCUUCAUUCUCAGGAGGCCCUUUGCGGUCUCCUCGAACACCCUCAAACCUCUCAGCAAACCUUCGACGCUUGUCCGAGCGUUCCACUCGUCUCCCAAAUCAUCCAACUCCUUCUUCAACCCUCGGCCGUUUGCCUCGACCUCGAACGCACAAUCGCUCUUGAAAUCAUCAGCUUUACGGAAUGGCUUCAAGCGCGGCUAUCAAACGCCCUCGUACCAACCCGCGAACCCCACCGCGAGUGGCAACCUCACGCAACGGCUUCUGUACGGCGCUGCGCUGGUCGGCGGAACCAUUGUCGCCACGAACCUGAUCUUUAACCGCGAAACACGCGAAGAUGGCGGCAUGCCUCCCUUUGAGCGGGAAUACUUGAACCAGACAUUUUUGCACACCGGUUUGGGCGUCGGGAUCAUCGGUCUUGCGGCCCGGACACUGCACACCAGCGGCUGGAGUUACAGAUUGAUGGCUACGAACCCGUGGUUGGUGGUCGGCUUGGGUCUCGCUGCGAGUAUUGGCACGAUGUACGGCACGAUGUAUACACACCCAGACAACUAUAUCCAAAAAUAUGCCCUCUGGACGGCUUUCAAUGUCACCCAGGCCGCCAUUCUCUCUCCACUGAUGUUUCUCUCUCCCGCGAUCCUGGCUCGUGCCGGCCUUUACACUGUUGGCAUGAUGGGAUCCAUCGCUUUCAUUGGGGCCACCGCCAAGCAAGAGAAGUACCUAUACUUGGGAGGCCCGUUGCUUGCAGGUGUCGCCGUUGUCGCCAUCUCCGGGUUCGCGCCAUUGGUUCUCCCUGCCACGGCCGUUCGCACGCUCGCCUGGACCGAGAAUAUUUGGCUCUAUGGCGGCCUCGCAGUCUUUGGUGGGUUUACACUGUAUGACGUGCAGAAGAUUUUGCACCACGCCAGAAUGAGCGAGCGGGGAUUGGUGAGGAAGGACGUGGUCAACGAGAGCAUUUCGCUCGAGCUGGACUUUUUGAACAUCUUUAUCCGGAUGGCGCAGAUUCUGAGUAUGAGGCAGAAUAGCAGGAGAUGAUAGUGGAGGGGUAAGGGGGGUGGAAUUGGCAUUGCAUCAGGCGGCGAGAACCUUUUGGACCGAAGCAAUUACAUCAAAAACUAUGUGAGGGUCUGGCAUUAUCUAGCUCCGGUGAUGGAGAGGAGGGAGGUGUUGACUUUGCAGCACGGCGCAACUCUGUGGAUUGCGGCGCAGUCAACCCAAGCAUUCAUUCUAUCACUGCCCAAAGGACAAGGCUGAAGAAGACGAAGGGAAAGAGAAAAGCCAGAAAAUGAAGAUGAAUUUCUCCUCUCCAA